CUCUACUUCCUCCUGCGGCCGGAAGCAAAAUUUUCUCACUCCGCUUUCAGCACUGGAAACCAGAAAGCAGCUGGAAAAAGAAAUUCAGCCGGUAGACGCCAUUUGUGGAGGAUACUCUCUUAUCUCUCUCAAUUGUAAACUUUAGUAUACAUAAUUUCCCUCCUUCUCUCGUAAUGUCUUCUCGAAAACCAAUUAGGCGUAGUAUACUGUAGAGCAAUUGCUCGGUCGGUGGUGGUUGUUCUGUUCGAAUAGAAAUGUAUCGUUGCGCUAAUCUUCUGGCACCGGCUUCUUUCGCCGGCUAGCAUUUAUCGAAACAUCGAAUUCAAAGCGUUGUGUUUUUGCAGGGGGUUUCACCGGCCGAACAUCGGAGGAAGCGUAUGGCAGCAACGGCUCCAUCGCCGUUGUCGAACCUGCCGCGAAAUGUUGCUAAACUUCAUUCUGUACAGCGCCUGAAAUCGGGAAGUGCAAUUACGCAGCUCUCCUUCUCCUCCAGCGGAGCUCUCGGUAGGGAUUACAGGAUUACGAUUCUUCCUCUCCAAUUUUCCACCUGUCGAGUUACUGAGCCGUAUUUGAUCAGCAGUUUCGAGGUAUGGCAGAUUAGGAGCAGCAUCAAUGAUAGUAGCUUCGGUUCUCCUUCGGAUGGCAGUAGUGGUGGAACACGGUUAAUUAGGGCAAUUCGUGCUCUGCAGACGCGGAUUGGGCUGAGAAUCCAGGAGCUGAGGAAGAAUCUGCCUAUGAAAUUGCUGUUUUUCUUGGUUGGUUUCUACUGUGCCACUGCUUUUGCUACUGUGAUCGGCCAGACUGGUGACUGGGACAUUCUAUCUGCUUGUCUGGCUGUGGUGAUUGUGGAAGCCAUUGGAGCACUCAUGUACAAGGGUUCUUUGCGCCUGCUCAGCAACAUCAAGAGCUUGAUCACAAUGUUCAACUAUUGGAAGGUUGGUCUCUCUCUCUUGGACUCUUCUUGGAUUCGUUUAAAUACGAAGUUGGCGAUCUGAUAAGCUUCGAUAUCGAUAGCCUUUUCCCAGUUCCAUCCGAUAUAUUCCUCUUCUUUUUGUGAUACUGUUCAAAGGGUUAGCACAAGAUUUUGGUUUCCUCGGGCAUCACUUGAAUUUGAAAUUGUUGUGGGAUGAUCCCAAAGGAGGGAGGAUAUAACCUCCUCACUGAACAGAUCUUUUGGGAAUCUCACCUUGUAUCGAGCCAAGACUCUUGGAGAUAGUCUUUCUGAAAAUUGGAUCGAAUUUGGCCCUAGACGUCGUAAGAGCUUGGUCAAGACAACUGUAUUGUUCGAUCAGGCAGCUAUCCUUUCUGAAUCAGGAGAAAGCUUCUCUAAGAUGAGGCAUGAAUGAUUGUGAAUUUGAUUUUGGUGCAGCUUUUCAGAAACUGUUGCACCUUCAUUGAUAGAGCCCAGAGUUGGAAGACAUGUAAAUAAUAUAUGCUUAGGACAGAAGAGAACAGGUUCUCCUUUUAAUUGGACCAGAAGGAGAAGUAGCUUUUCCUGUGCAUUCUUUUAUAUGUAUCAAAAUCGAACAACAAUGAACGCACAAAUGCAGUAGGGUAAAUAUAAUGAUGUGUACACCUGGAGAGGUGUUCUUCUUUGGAUAUCAUUUAAGCUUUCUUUAUGUGUCUACAAGACUACUGAAAUGGCUAACAUAGGCAUAUAUAUUCUAUCAUUACAAGGGUUUAACACUGAAGACCAGAGGUCCAGGAUAAGCUGGAAGACUCAUAAUUCGCUUGUCCAAAACAGGACCUCCAAC